CAGUCAUGUUCUUGAGGAGUGUGAUUUAGGAGUUGGGACUGAUGUGGACAGAGCAACAGCAGUCAUGUUCUUAAACAAUACCUCCUACCAUAGGAGUAAAUCUGUAUUAGGCAGUGGUUUGUAUCCUUGCAGGAACAAAUUGUAAAUUCAAGACAGAUACAUAAACCUGAAGUCUUUGAUGAUAAUCCCAUCCUCAAACAACCCCACAUAUUUGUCCUUGUUGUCAAAGGAAAAAGUAAUGCCAACAGACAAGGGGUCCCCCAACCCUUCACCUGCCAAUGAUUAACCACUACUCUACGAAGCUUUAACAACUGGACCAGCUUUCACUGAGGAUCAAUGAUGCAUCGAGUAUACUCUGGAUUGUCAAAGGUUCUUAGCCACUAUUCACCAAAGUCUGUGGGUAGGGUGGAUUUCAUAUUUCAGCCAUGGGUGAGGAAACAUUCAGCUUUAAAUGAAGGUAAAAUCAUUCAAAUACCAGUAACGAUGGCAAGAAAGAUAAAGGAAGCCGAGAUUAAAAAGAAGAAACAUGAACAAGAAAGGAAAAUUAAGCUGUCUCGACAGGGCAACAAAUCGGUUCCUAUCAUCUCAUGUAAAAGAAAGGAAUUUAAUCACUAUAAAGGUCAAAGCUACAGCAAAUUUGAAGAAGUUCCAUUGGCUUCCAAAGGAUGGCACCAUUAUAAAUCUGCUGGUGAUUACUUUACUAUCAACAGUUGGGGCAGAAAUCCAGCUUUUGAACAAGUGGAUGAUGAACCAAAUGACUUUGAUUCUCUAGGUCUUGGUAGAGAUUUGUUGACACAAAUCGCACAAUUAGGAUUUAAAAUGCCAACUAGUAUUCAGGCUUUAGCUAUUCCCCAUAUCAUGGAGGGUAAGAAUACUUUAAUUACAGCUGAGACAGGGAAUGGAAAAACGGUUGCUUUUCUUGCCCCAUUGCUGCAGCAAAUUGCAAAUUAUAAAAAACUUACCAGAGACUUUCCUAUGAACUCUCCCUUAGGUUUAAUUAUUGUUCCUGGCAGAGAAUUGGCAGAACAAAUUCAUGUGAGUAUGUUUCUUAUGCUAUGAAUUUUCUGAGUGAUG